AGUAACAGAACGGGCUCUGGGGGCUGAAUGGCCUCCUCCUGUUCCUAUGUGACAGGAAGUGAUGGGGGAACGGGACGAGGCGUUCCUCUCUCGGGUGUAAGGUGUGUGUCGCGGACGGGCGGUCGGACCGCGGCUUUAAUACCCUAUAAAACACCGCGGACUCGCGCUGAGCCUCUGCAUCGCGGGGUAUCCCACUUUGAAGACCUCCCCGACAAUGGAAGAGAAGAAAAAGAAACGGAGCCCAAAGGUGACGCUGAGCCAGCAGGUCUCACUCAGCAACAACCCCAGGAAGUGCACGGUGCCCGCCAGUAAGAGCACCACCUUCUCCACCUGUCUGCCUCAGCCUCCGUCCCCAAAACAACGGUCAAAGCUAAAAAGGGCCAAUAAAGAGAAAGCCAAACUGCCACAAGCAACUGGGAAAGCCACGCAGUCAACUCCGAUCCAGCACUCGUUCCUGACCGAUGUCUCUGACGUGCGGGAGAUGGAAGGUGGAUUGCUGAACCUGUUGAAUGAUUUCCACUCCGGGAAACUGCAGGCUUUCGGGAAAGAAUGUUCCUUUGAACAAAUGGAACACGUACGAGAGAUGCAGGAGAAACUGGCGCGUCUACACUUCAGCCUCGACAGCCAUGUGGAAGAGCUUUCUGAGGAUCAGAAAAAAAACGCAUCCGACAGGAAUCUCGAGCAGCUUCUGACUAACUUGGAGGAGCUUAGCACCUCGAUUCAAAAGCUUCACUUGGCAGAAAACCAGGAUUUGCCCAAACCGCCUGCCACUUAGAGUGCAAUCAGUUGGGAGCCUUGGGCAAACAGAGAGACAACAUAGACCUCAACACACAAGGACAUGGCUGCUCGACUGAGGAACAGAGGAUGAUGGACAGAAACCUCUCAAGGCUUGAGGACCAAGUUGGGGAAGUGGGCCUUGGUGUAAAAGCUAAAAUCUAAUCAAUAAGGAAUCCUUUUUUAACACAAGCAUGACUUUGGGGUGUGUUGGGGGGAGGGAGGUUAACAUUUGGUUGUAUUUCUAUGGAUCGAACACUCUUGCACCUUUAGGUAGACUGACUGAAACUUAACAAUGUUUUGAAGAGAGUCAUUGAAAGGGUGUUUAACUGGUGCAAAGGGCAUGGGUUAAAACUUAUUUUAUGUUCCUUUCCCCUCACGUUAUGAACAAAUGAUUUGACCCACAAUUAUGCUUACAAAUAGGCAACCUGUACAAUUGUUAAGACUAUACUUUUCAGUUUCUUUUGAUGAUAAAAUUGUUGGUUGGAAGGUUAUGUUUCCCUACCAAACACAACAGGGUAAUGAUUCUGAAGAUUCAUUUCAGAAUCACUUGGCCGCUUGUGUCGUGCCGCAAAUGAACAAGGAAAAGUUGCUCAAGAGAAUGUUGCAGAUAUACUUGGAAGUGGAAGUUUGUAUCAGCAAGACUGUAAGAUAUAAUCAACUGCUGUGUGGUCACAUCUUGUCACUGUCGUAAUCCGUUUAUAUUUUUUGGGGGGGUUUCACAGAUUCUGGAACCUUUGCUAAAAUACUUAAGAUUUUCUGGUACUAUUUGUAUUGUGUUGGAGCCGGGAACAAAGCCAAUGCACACAGACUAAGAUGUAGGGUGAUUAAGAAAUAUACGGGCUUUAUCACGUCUCGAAGACAUGAUAAGGCGGUUUAUCAAAUGCCAGCAUAAUUAUUAUUUGAUCCAGGGAAGCCACUGUUUUAUUACUUGCUAACCUCACCCCAGAGUUAACACUUUUGAGCACUGCUUGAGGAUUUCAGCAGUUUGAAAUCCUGUAUGAAUAUAGGAACAGAAUUUCUCUUCUUCCGAUGCUGCGAGUCAGUGAUGGAUUAGUUGGAGAUCAUUUUUAAGAAGGUAUUUUUUGAUAGAAUAAUGAACUAAAUCACUCUCAUCAUCAGAAGGAUAAAAUAAAUAGCUUUGUUAACUGAACAACACAUUAGUUCAUGGUAGAGAACAAGAUCAAUCAAGUUGACGGUGAACUGACUCCAAACUGAAGUUAUAGAAGCCUGUCGUUUGUAGUUGGAAGGAAAGAAAAAACAUUGCAGGGCUAUGGGGUAAGAGCAGGGGAGUGAGACUAGUUGGAUAGCUGUUUUAAAGAGCACGAUGGGCUGAAUGGCCUCCUUCUGCGUUGUAGGAUUCUAUGACUAUAAAAACUGCAUGGAAGGUAAGGAGUUGCACAAAUUCUGAGGUGCAGGAAAAAAGUGAGUCAGAGUAGACAAAAGACAUUGUGACAACAUGUGAAAAAAAAAGACUGCUUUGCACUCCAUUUCACUGGGUUAAAUGCAAAACUUAAUACAAAGGAAAAGCAAAAGUCUCAGGACACACAAGUCUUUAAUCAAAAAAAACUGUUACCGCUUAAAACAACAGAGCACAAACACUGAACCUCAACAUCCUCACCAGCAGCUGAAGACUAUUUGUUUCUUUAUACUGCGCUGAAAUGUUAACAUUUUCUACCAAGAACACUUAAGAUGAUAUCUGGAGAUUUUAAACUAACAACGGCUUUUUACCGGUGUCUGAAGCUUAUUUUUUUGGAACUUAAAUGCGUCAAAUGUUUGCGGUGCUUAAAUAAACACAAUCCUUAUAAA